UCUCGAAAUCAGAAUUGAGAGAGGGGGAGAAUCGGAGAAAGUAUCACGAUGGAUCCAUCCCAUGGUUACAGAGAACAUCAUCCAAAAGGAUCUUUCUCCUAUGAGCCCUCUUCCCACAUGCACGGUGAUGGUCCACAAUCACCAACCAUGGCGGCACCACCAAACAGGAUGUAUUAUUCACCAGGAAUGGGAUACGAGCCACCACCCAUGCCUCUCCAAGGUUAUCCUCCAAGAUAUGACCCAUACCCUAAUGACUUCCAUCCACAACCUCAAGUAUACCAUUACCCCGCAGGCCCAUACUUCAGCGAUCCACCCACCCAUCACGACACUGGUAAAAACAAAGCCUUCGUUCGUGGUUUCCUAAUAUGUUGCUGUGUAAUAUUAACCGGCCUCUUCGUUGCCACCCUUGUCAUGGCGCUAAUGAUGCACCCCAAACUACCCGCUUACACCGUUAAUUCCCUCUCCGUCGCCAACUUCAACGCCUCUACUACGCUAACCGCGGAUUGGAACACCACCUUCUCCAUUCAAAACGUCAACGACAAGCUUAACGGAUUCUUAUCCGGCUUCAAGGUGGAUCUGUUGCACAAAAACGACGUUUUAGCGAUGAGUUACGUACCCGAUUUCGAGUUGGACAAGAAGGAGGUUAAGCGAAUCAAUGCCAAGAUGUCGUCGAUUGGGUUUUCGUUUUUGACGCCGGACAUGCAUGAGAUGGCGAAGGAACAAGCCAGUGGCUCCGUUUCGCUCAUUUUGAGGAUUGCUUCCAUGGUGGAGUUCAAGUCUAGCACAUUUAACACGAGAAUGUCGUUGGUACUAGCGAUUUGUGACGGCUUGAAGGUUGUCUUUCAGAACAACACCGGCAACGGCGCGUUGGACAAUGGAGGAAAGCCCAUUAGUUGCCAACUUUAUAUGUGA